UUUUUCUUUCUUCUUUUCUCUAUCUUAUAUUAUGGCAGCUACUGACAAACUUAUUAUUUUUGACACAACUCUUCGUGAUGGUGAACAAUCACCUGGUGUCACUUUAAACACAGAAGAAAAGAUUGAAAUUGCUAAACAGUUAUCUCGCCUUGGUGUAGACGUACUUGAGGCAGGUUUCCCAAUUGCUUCAGUAGGUGAUUUUGAAGCUGUUCAACGUAUUGCGAGAGAAGUCGGUCCUUUGAUGGUCGGCAGAGAAAAGAUUGGACAACCUAUGACUAUUUGUGGUCUUGCUCGUUCCACACCCAAUGAUAUCAAACGCUGUGCUGAAGCCAUUGCUCCUGCUCCUCGUAAGCGCAUUCACGUCUUCCUUGCCACUUCUGAUCUUCACCUUAAAUACAAGCUCAAGAUUGAUCGUGACGAAUGCAUUAAGCGCGCUGUGGCUGCUGUCACACUUGCACGUUCAUUUGUAGACGAAGUCGAGUUUUCUCCUGAAGAUGCUGGUCGUUCCGACCCCGAAUUUUUAUGUCAAGUCCUUGGCAAAGUCAUUGAAGCCGGCGCCACGACACUCAAUAUCCCUGACACAGUAGGUUACAACAUGCCUGAAGAAUACGGCAACCUGAUCAAAUACCUUGUGCAAAACACACCUGGUGCUGAAAAAGCCAUCUUUUCCACUCACUGUCACAACGAUCUUGGUUUGGCUACCGCCAACACAUUGGCUGGUAUUGUCAAUGGUGCUCGUCAAGUGGAAGUAACUAUCAACGGUAUUGGUGAGCGUGCCGGUAAUACCUCUAUGGAAGAAGUGGUCAUGUCCAUCCAUACUCACCCCAAUUUCUUCCCUGUGUACCAUACAAUCAACACCACCAUGAUUUACCGUACCUCACAAAUGGUCUCUACGCUUUCAGGUAUGAUGGUGCAACCCAACAAGGCCAUUGUAGGCCGUAAUGCUUUCCUUCAUGAAUCUGGUAUUCAUCAAGACGGUGUACUCAAGAACCGCCAAACCUACGAAAUCAUUACACCCGAAACAGUCGGUGUGACUGAUAUCAACUUGGUCCUUGGUAAGCACUCUGGUCGUAAUGCUUUCCGUGAACGCUGUAAAGAUCUUGGGUUCCCUGAUAUCUCUGAAGACGAUUUCCAAAAGGCCUUUGAUGACUUUAAAGCUCUCUGUGACAAGAAGAAGAACGUGAACGAUGCUGAUAUUCUUGCUAUCCUCAGUAACCAAAUCAGUGCUACGGGUGCCAGUGCUUUCUAUACACUUGUGUCUACGCAAGUGGUUGCUGGUGAGACUUCCAUGGCCAGCGUCAAACUCAUGGACGUCAAAGCAGAAAAAGAAAUCACAGAUGCUGCUGUGAGCGUCAAUGGUCCAGUGGAUGCUAUUUUUGAAGCUAUUCAACGUUGUGUGGGUCGUCAAUUCCGUUUGACCAAGUUUGAUAUCAGUGCUGUAGGUGAAGGAAGUGAUGCUUUAGGUAAAGCUGAGAUUCAAGUGAUGGUGGACCCUGCUAGUGUGAAGGAAGAACGCUUGACCAAGACUGCUUUUGCUGCUAGUAUGGCUGAUAUUGACAUUAUUACUGCUGCUGCCAAAGCUUACUUAAGUGCUAUCAACAAACAAUUAGUAUGGGAAAGUGAAUUGACGGCUGGUACUGCUCGUAGUACAGGUGAAGAACGCCAAGUCGAUCUUUAAAAAAUCAUUGCUGCAUAUAUCUUUUUGUAAAUAAAAAAAAAAAAAAAA